CGGCAGAUUUAUGGCAAGCAGUGUGAGAGCGAUGAGAUUUUCGCCUUGAACAAGGAGAUUGAGGAGCUGCGGGGUACGACUCUUAUGAAGACUAAUUUCGAAAAUGAGAUCGCUGGCUUACGCAAGGAGGUUGGUUUGCUCCGUGAUUUUAGCCAUCGAGCUGAGGAAGAAACUAAGAUCUGGAAGACUGAGGUGCUUCGGCCUGAGAACGAGCGCGGGAGCGUGGCGGUUGAUACACCAGAGUGCUCGAAUCGGGGUACUUCUAAACCAAGGUGGACAAACAAUGUUCGUCAGGCGGAUAAGUGGAGGACUGAGUAUCAGAAUCUUCAAGACUUGCAGCCCUCUUCGGACACUGAGGUUGCGAUGCUUAAGGAGAGGCGUGGUGAGGCAGAGAAGAGGAGAAUGGAAGCCGAAUUGCAGGUGAAGCUAUUGCAAGAACAGUUAAGCAAAUUGACAGCGGAGGGCGAGGCUCCUAAGUCGGAUGCGGAACCUGUUUCCGGCGGUACGAAUCUGAAGGAGCGUCUUGAGGCGGUAGCGUUAAGGUCCGGCAAGAAAGGGAUGAAGGCCACGCCCUAUCAGGUCACCCUUCGUUCUGAUGAAUCCGAUGAGCGGACUCGGGUUAUGAAUGAACGUUUCUCUUUUAUUGAGGGCGAGAAGAAGAAGUUGCGUACUCUGAAGAAGGCUGGUCUCGAACCACUCUGCAAGGAUGCGGGAAUCAAGCUUGGGAGGGUGGAAGACAUGAUCAAUGAAUUAGCUGAAUACUGGGCCAACAAGCUGUUUGGCAAACCUGGGGGUAAAGGUAAGCAGCAGAUUUCUGAUUCGGUACAAAUCGUGGACGCGGAGGAGGGCCCUCACACCGAUACUUCGGACGUUGGGAGGAGAAGAGUGCCGAGUUUUGAGGAGACGUCCCGAAUGUAGCUAAAUUAUGGUCGCUGGCUUUUGAUU